AUGGGACCCUCUGAAAAGCUAUCCACUGGCUGGGCACACAAGGAAGCAGACAUGCAAAUUGGUCCCCAGCCUGAUGAGUGGAGCAUGGGAUGGAAGCCUGGAGAUGGGGGUGCUGGCCCUCUGCCUUUCUCCCCAGCACUGUCCUUCCUUCUUCUCUUCCCCCUGGCCAGUGCCCUCCAGCCCACUCCACUGCCCUUUCCAGCCCAGCCACUUGCCUUUGGCCAAGGCCGAGGCCCUAUUUUCCUGGAUAACGUGGAGUGCCGGGGGCAGGAAGCGUCCCUGAGCGAGUGUGGCAGCAGGGGCUGGGGUGUCCACAACUGCUUUCACUAUGAAGAUGUGGCGGUCCUAUGUGACGAAUUCUUGCACACACAGCCCCUGACAAGGAAGGUAUUGACCAGUGUAGCACCCCCUACAGCCCUCCAAAAUGGAAAAGGUGAGGGCAGCCUGCGCUUGGUGGGCGGUGCUGGCCCUUGUCAAGGCCGAGUGGAGAUCCUGCAUGGUGGCCUGUGGGGCACUAUAUGCGACGAUGACUGGGGGCUGCCAGAUGCUGCUGUUGUGUGCCGCCAACUGGGCUGUGGGGCCGCCUUGGCCGCCACCACUAAUGCCUUUUUCGGCUAUGGCACCGGGCAUAUCUUGCUGGACAACGUUCACUGUGAAGGUGGAGAGCUCCGCCUGGCAGCCUGCCAGAGCCUUGGCUGGGGUGUGCACAACUGUGGACACCACGAAGAUGCUGGGGUGCUCUGUGCAGUCCGGGCCCCCCCACCUUCCCCACCCCCCCCCCCCCCUGCCACAAAAGAAGACUGGGCGUGGCACACUGAGCCAGCAGCGGAAGUAUUACGCAUAGGGGUGCAGCCGGAUCCUCAAGGACUCUCUGCGACUGCGCGGGAGCAUGUUCCCCAGUAUGACAGCCAUCUUUCUUUUCUUUUUCUUUUUUUUUUUUUUUUUUGCCCUUCCUCCCCAGGCCCGGAGGAGCUGGGACUCCAAGUCCAGCAGGAUGGUUCUGAGACCACCCGAAUGCCCAGUCCUCGGCCCAGAGAUGGGCACCUCCGCCUGGCUAGUGGGACCCACCGAUGUGAGGGGCGUGUAGAGCUCUUCCUAGGACAGCGGUGGGGCACUGUUUGCGAUGACGCCUGGGACCUACGGGCAGCCAUUGUCCUGUGCCGACAGCUGGGAUGUGGCCAGGCUCUGGCAGCCCCUGGUGAAGCCCAUUUUGGCCCAGGCAGAGGCCCCAUCCUCUUGGACAAUGUUAAAUGCCGAGGAGAUGAGAGCACCUUGCUACUCUGCUCUCAUAUCCGCUGGGAUGUCCACAACUGUGACCACAGUGAGGAUGCCAGUGUCCUGUGCCAGCCAUUGUGACCCAGCUGACUCUGCACUCCAUAUCAUAUCAAAGGAGCCUGUGGGGAACUGUCCCUCCUUUUCCAGGAUACCCUCCUAUGAUUUCUGCAGUUCCUGGUGCCCCUUUCUCCCCUUGCUUGUGGGAGCUUGUGCAGUACCCUGCCUCUGUCCUUUUACUGUGUGGUAUCAGACUGUUGUCACCUGCUGAAGGCUCAGUACAGUGAACAUGGCAAUGUUUUGUUCAGCCAAAACAGAAGAUGUGGGAUAAUGACUCAUCUCUUUUUCUUUGGGGGAACUCUUAUAUAGUAUCCCAGCCAUUCUUCUCUCCACCCAUAUCCAUGAGGCUUGGGCUCUCUGUAAAUGCCCUCAAACCCUUCUAAUGACCUAUCUUGGUCUCCCCCCAGAAAGCAGGGUGGCAGAAGGGGUUGGGCUGCUCAUUUCUAUAGACUGACGGGACUGCAGAAGGUCCUAGGUCAUCACCUUCCCUGCUGGGUGAGGACCUGGUCUCAGAUGGUGCUCGGCUGAAAAAGGAGGCUGCAGGGGCCAAAGCAGGGACAGGAGGAGCCCUUCCUGCAGCAUCUCUGAUUUCUACUGUCCCCAGCACAGAGCCUCCGCUUUUCCGUAGCAAAGAAGCCUGGAGGCCUGCGGCCACUGUUCAUAGGUGCCAAGUCAAUAAAGCAUUAUCCCCCCCAGUCUUUUAACUGAGGUCAUUGUUUGAGAACCUGCAUUGUGGCAGCUGGAAAGCCUCCAGAC